AUGUUUCAAAGGCCCAUCAUCGGCAGUUUGGCAGUCCCCGCCGGCGGCCGCGUCACGCGCCGCAAGGGCCUGCGCCGCGCCGCCUACGCCACGCCGCUCCUAACCGUCGCAAUCGCCAGCACGCUGCGCGUAGCUGCCGCGCGGCUGCUGGGCUUCCGCGGCGCCCACGACUGGCCGCUGCGGGAGGAGCUCUUCAUCGUCUUUCUCCGCGCCCUGCUUGAGUAUGGGGACAUCGCAGUGUGGCGCGUCUUCUUCCAGUUCGUCUGCCCAAAUCCCCUAAAGCUGCCGCCGGGGAUGCGCGACGCGCCGGCGGCGCUGGCGGGCAGCCGCAGCGUCUGGUACGAGCUGGCGCCUGAGCUGCUGCCGGCGCAGCCGAGGGGCCGCGUCAACAUGAUGUUCAUCCACGGCGGCGCGUUCAUUGCCGGGUUCGCGCGGCAGUACCAGAACACCUACGUCUGGUGGCUGAAGCAGCUGGCGCGUCGCGGCAUCGCGGCCAAGAUACUGAGUGUGGAGUACCCACUGGCGCCUGAGCACCCAUACCCCGCAGCCAGGGACGUCGUUGAGGCUGAGAUCCUGUGGCUCCUGGAGCAGUCCGGGGACACCCCCGUCAUCAUCGGUGGCGACUCCGCAGGCGGCAACCUGGCUGUGAGCGGGCUCGCCCACCUGCGGGACACCGGCCGCCUGCCGCGGCCGCCGGCGGGCGCGCUGCUCAUUUCGCCGUGCGUGGACGCGACAGGGACCAGCAUCUUCAGCCAGCGGGACGACGGCGGCGCGGGGCGGUACGACUACCUGCCGCGCGACAAGCUGCACGAGGGGCUGCCCUUCUUCUACUCGCACGAGCUGCUGUCGCCGUACGUGUCCCCCACGCGGCUGGAGAGCUUCGAGGGGCUGGCCCAGCAGGAGAUCAUGACCAUAAGUGGAGAGGCAGAGCUCAUGGCCCCCGACAUCCGGGCGUUUGCAAAGAAGGUGCAGGCCGCAUCUGAUGCGUCCCUUUCAUCAGGGUCCCCCGGCGCCUUCAGGGCGACGUAUCUGGAGGAGCCCGGCUGCGUGCACAGCUGGCCCAUGCUGCUGUUCCCGCGCCUCAGGGUCAAGCAGGAGCCGAUGUUCCAGUUCAUCGACCGGAUGAGCGGCGCGCCGCAGCUGCCCAACUAG